CGUCUUGAAUCUUUCCCGUGUGCCUUCACUUCAAAUCUAAACACAGCGGUCGUCACAUUAUUUACGAUGAUUUUGGCGAUGAUAUUCUGACUUUCUUGAUCAUGGCCUCAGUUCACACAUGCUGGGCCACAGUGAGAACGAGGGAACGUUUCUCAUUCGCAAAUUGACCAGGACACACUUGAAGGAACACGAAGACCCUGAUUGGCACACUACUUGGCUUGCCAGAGAAGUUUGCACCCAGCCUCUUUGUCCUGGAACCAAUUCAAGCAGGGUUGCUAUUAUUACUUGUUCCUGUACAGGAUUUGAUGAAUACAAUAGUUUCUCUCAUUUUGAAUCACAUUAUUUAUAUCUGUAUCGACAGCUGCAGGAACAUCACUACUCCCACUUGCCCUCAACUCAAUCCGUUACUUUUACGUCACAUGGAGACUCACUCUGGGACAACGACAGGUCCUCAUCGGUCAUCGAUGACACUUCCUGUUUCUGCAGAUGGAAGCGAGACUGCCCUCAUUGAGCAGUGUGGCGCUCAUAUUGGCGAAGACACGGUUGCAUCAUCCGAGUCCGUGCCCGCCCUUCGCUUUCAAAAGAAUACUCUCCCCCAUCUCCCAGUCGAGAUUCUUGCGAAUAUAUUCAUGUACAUCGUAUCAGAGGAGGAGAGUUAUAUGGGCGUAUCCAACCCUCGCGGUGCUCCUGCGUGUCUGGCGGCCACGCACGUCUGCAGGUACUGGCGCGAAACCGCCCUCGAGUGCUCGACUCUUUGGGCAUUCAUCGAUGGCGUCUCUGCUCAGUGGCUAUCCACCAUGCUGGAGAGGUCGAGGAAAGCUGCCCUGGUCGUCAUUUACAAUGAUCCCAAACCGCUACGACAAUGUGGCUUUGAGAAAAUUCUUUUACAGUUACCUCGAAUCAAAUUUCUCCAGUUGUGUCCAUCUCCACCGGAGGCUGAUCGCAUUUUGGACUGCUUGUCAUCGCUACCCGCACCGUUGCUUCAUACAUUCAAAUUCGUGGUCUUUGGGAACGCAACAUUCGCUAAGCCCAUAUCAGACACCAUUUUUCAAGGAAAAGCACCCCGACUUCGGAGCGUCCAGCUCGUGCAAUGCUAUUAUAGUUGGACAUCAUGUAUUUUCAGUGGGCUUCGCUCUCUUCAUAUAGGAUUGUCCCCUAAGCGUAGUCCUCUGUCGCAAAUCCUCUCGGCUCUGAGACGCAUGCCUGAAUUGGAGCUACUUACGCUUGAACCUCGAAGUUUCAAACACUCUAACGCGCCCUUCGAUCAAGUUGCACUCCCUCGGUUGAGAAGGAUGGAGUUGUCUAACUCUACUAUCCACACUGCUACAUCCUUCUUUUCACAUCUAGUCCUUCCCGUUGAUGUCAGGGUUGUCCUAAGCCUCACGAAAAUCGAAAGCGCUCAAAGUUUUGCUGAUCUAUUUUCGGUCAUACACAAGAAUCAUGACGAAUCUGUUCCCGUCAUUCGGUCCCUACGUGUCAGCCUUUUGCACGACCUUUUCACACUCCGGUUCAGCACGUCAAUACCUGAGCAUCCGUGGGCCCCUCGUGACAGCGACAUACGACUCUCCAUUGCAUUCUUACACAACUCAUGGAUCACAAAACCAGACAUCUUAUUUGACAUUUGUCGUAUGGUCCCGCAUCGCAAAAUUCAACAUCUGGUUGCGUCCUUCCCCGGCCUCGAUACUACAGAGGAGUUCUGGCGCACGGGAUCAGUAGACCUUCCAAAGCUCGAAAGUAUCCAUCUGGACGACACCCCUAUUCAAGGCUUGCUCCUUGCGCUCCUGGCUAGAGAUGAGCGGCGCCAUCCAGCGUAUCCCUCGCUUCGCGUUUUAGAGCUUGAGAAUAUCAAUUUAGGAUGUAAGGAACGUUUGUUUCUUGAGCAGGUUCUCACUGUGCUCCGAGACGGCCGCGGUGUCGGCAUACACACGCUCCGACUGACGAGGUGCAGGAAUCUGAUGUGCGAUGAUGUGGCGCGACUUCAGACAACGGUUUUUGUCGAUUGGGACAGGCAUGAAGAUGCAUUAACGGACACCGACGGUGGUUGUCUUUGCCACAGCUGCAACGAUAACAAUUCUGAGUAAUAUGAUUUGAAUGCUGUUGUGCUUUCCGGGGACUUAGUUUAACAUGUCCGGACGUGGACCCAAUCACAGCUUUCACAUGCACACACAGUGCGUCGUCACUCAAGCAAAGACGACCGUUCUCGGUGAAUUUCAG